GUUUCGCAUUUUAGCUAAGCCUAACCCUUUUCCUAACAUACAUUACAUUACCUGCUGCUAGGUUAGUUCUCCUAACUUUCCACUUUAAUUCUUCUAACCUGCCACGUUACUUAUUCUGACCUGCCACGUUGCUUGUGAUAAGCCACUUAAGCAAACAUUGACCGUUAGAGGAGUGAUGUUCUUUUCUGCUGCAAUUACCUCCUCAAGGUACUAGCUAGCUAGGCCAGUUUGUCUCGCGACCAAGUCAACGGUUGUCACUAGUUAGCUUAGCCAUAAAGUCGUAAAAAUGAAUGUAAUCUAAAAUGUUCAUAUUAUUUUAAGAUUGGGCAUAAAGUUAGGGUAAAAAUCAGAUUUUAGAAGAUAAAUUGUAGAAAUGGGCGGGGUUUAGCCAUAAUUAUGACUUUGUUACUGUGGUAACUAGUGACGACCCAAGUGGUCAACGGUCAAGUUAACAUCAAGUAUCGAGAGCAGCACUCAGCAGGCCGCAGAGAUGGACAGCACACAGGACGGACCGGAUAUUGUCACCAAACCCAUCAUAAUUCUGGGCACUGUUACCAGAGACAGAAGGUUUCUGCACUGGAUAGGCCAAGUGCUAAAGCUGAAGUGGCUGAAGAACAAGAGCCAAGAAGAGGUCAAAGUGAUGAUCGGGGAGCUGCUGCCCUCCUUCGCCUGUGGAUGUGUGGAGAACAAUGACUUCCUCUCCCUGCAGGAGAUCCUGGAGAGGAUGGAUGUGAACUGUGGGGACUAUGACGGCACCACCCCCCUCCACAAGGCCUGUGAGAAGGGCAGGCUGGAUAUGGUCAAGUACUUGAUGGGUAAAGGAGCCAGCACCCAGCUCAAAGACCGCUUUGGAUACACACCGCUUCACCUGGCCAUCAAGAACCGGCACUUUGACAUCAUCCGCAUCCUGCGUCUGAAAGGAGCCCCUCUGUCUUUGGAGCUUGUGAGGAUCGGGCUGGAGCUGAUCAAGGUUGUCCAGAACAAGGACUACCAGCUGUUGCAAGCCUGGUACCUGUCUGGAGUGAACCUGGACCAGAGUGACUAUAACGGCCGUACAGCGCUGCACAUUGCAGUCAGGCUGAGGGAGAGGACCAUGGUGUCCAAGCUGCUGGAGUACGGAGCCACCCCUCUGGAGAGUGACAUCUGGGGUUGGACUGCAGUGGACGAGGCCCAGAACAACCUGCCCAGCAUCCUGAAGCUGUUCCACCCCUUCACUUAGCAGUUCCCCAAACAGGCCCAGAACAACCUGCUGCACCUGGCCAACAGGAUGAUCUGACCACUUCCAGUGUACACCUCCCCAGGAAAUUCAUCCUUUUUAAUCCAUCCAACAACCCUAGACAAUCGAGUUCAUUCAGUGUUAUCAUACAGUGCUUUGCCUAUUGAUAAAGGAUUAUACU